AUGUGGAUUAAAUGGACUAACUUUAUUAAUGAAGGUGAAGAAGAUUUUUAGCAACCAAAGCCUUUAAGCAUCAGUAAAAAGAAUACUAGUUAGAUAGGCGUAAAUGUUAAAAGGUGUAACUUUAAUGAAUUUAAAUUUGAGAAUAUAGAUAUUAGCGGAACGAAUCUUAAUGGAGGUCUACUAUUUAAUUCCAAGAGGAAGAACAUCAAAUUUCAUGAGUUGAAUACAUUGGAUGGGUCAUGA